CAGCCUGCCUCCUCCAAAGCCUCCCAGAAGAGAAGGGCUGGGAAGAGUUGCAGUGUCAGCGCCAAGUAUUGUGCCUACUACCAGCUCCUCAGCAUGCCUGGAGAUCUCUACUUUUCUCUUUUGUGCUUCAGUCUCCAUCUCCUGGGGAGCUCAGCCUUCAACCUAGACAUCACCGAAACCAUCCUCAAGUAUGGAGACAACGGCAGCUUCUUUGGCUUCUCCGUGGCUUUGCACCAGCAGCUCAGACCCCAGCCUGUCAGUUGGUUGUUGGUGGGAGCACCACAGGCUGCUGCUUUGCCAGGUCAAAAGGCCAACAGGACUGGUGGCUUGUUUGCCUGUCCCUUGACUCACGAGACCAAUGACUGCAAACGCCUGACUAUUGAUGAGGGAGUUGAUCUGAAGAAGGAGAGCAAGGAGAACCAGUGGCUGGGAGUCACCGUCAAGAGCCAAGGGCCUGGCGGCAAGAUUGUGACCUGUGCGCACUUGUAUGAAGCACGGAACCGGGUAAACGAACCUCUGGAGACAAGAGAUGUGAUUGGCCGCUGUUAUGUACUCAGCGAGGGGCUGGAGGUUUCUGAUGAAUUUGAUGGUGGCGAGUGGAAGUUCUGUGAAGGGCGGCCACAGGGGCACGAUCGCUUUGGCUUCUGCCAGCAGGGGAUGGCAACUGGCUUUACUGCAGAUAGGCAUUAUAUCCUGUUUGGAGCACCUGGUACCUACAACUGGAAGGGGACUAUACGGGCAGAGCUGAGUGGCUUGGAUUUAAGUCACUACGACGACGGGCCGUAUGAAGCCGGGGGAGAAAAGGACCAGGACCCCUCGCUCAUCCCCUUGCCUGCCAACAGCUACCUUGGGAUAUUGUUUGUGACAAACAUUGAUAGCUCAGACCCUGACCAGCUGGUCUAUAAAACGCCAGAGCCCAGUGAACGGGUCCCCGGGAGUGUUGGAGACGUGGCCCAGAAUAGCUACUUAGGAUUUUCUCUGGAUUCUGGAGUGGGGAUCAUCAGGAGGAAUGAGCUGAGUUUUGUAACCGGGGCACCCCGAGCCAACCACACUGGAGCAGUGGUGAUCCUGAAACGAGACAAUGUCAACCGCCUGGUUCCUGAAGUUAUCCUGGAAGGGGAGAAGCUUACCUCUUCCUUUGGCUAUUCUGUGGCUGUGGUGGAUCUAAAUAAUGACGGCUGGAUGGACCUGGUGGUCGGGGCACCAAAUCUCUUUGACCGCAAGGAAGGGAUUGGAGGUGCCGUCUACGUGUACAUCAACCAGGCAGAGCGCUUGAAAAAUGUCAUCCCUGUGCGCCUCAACGGCUCCUAUGACUCUAUGUUUGGUAUCACAGUGGGUGCUGUGGGUGACCUCAACCAAGAUGGCUUCCAAGACUUUGCGGUUGGAGCUCCGUUGGAUGGUGAUGGCAAAGUCUAUAUCUACCAUGGCAGUAAUUUGGGAUUUGUCACCAAACCUGCUCAGAUCCUGACUGGGGAGAGUGUUGGCAUUAAAAUGUUUGGUUACUCCUUUUCUGGUGGUUUGGAUAUUGAUGGCAACAUGUACCCAGAUCUCCUUGUAGGAUCACUUUCCGACACAGUAGUCCUGUACAGAUCACGACCUGUGAUCCACAUCUCCAGAAAUGUCACAGUCACCCCCCAGAAUGUUGACCUGGAGAACAUGAAUUGCCGCUAUUUUGAAGGCAUCUGUGUGGAUGUGAGAGCCUGCUUCAGCUACACAGCCAACCCUCCAAGUUACAGCCCACCCAUCACUCUUGAAUACACUUUUGAUGCUGAUGCCGACCACCAGGAAUUACAGCGAACUCCCAGAGUCAUCUUCCGCAACCGGAGGACCAGCGACCCUGAGCAUCAGUACUCAGGGACAGUACAACUGCCCCAACAACAUGUCCGUUCUUGUGUCAAGGCCACUAUGCAGCUGAAGGAUCAUGUCCGUGACAAGUUGCGUCCUAUCAUUGUGCUGGUGAGCUACAACAUCAAGCAUACACGCAGCAGACGCCAAACCCCAGUUGCUACCCUGGGUGCACUGUCACCUGUGCUAAAUGCUCUGCCGCCCAAUAGUCAGAGAACCGAGGUGAAUUUCCUCAAGCAGGGAUGUGGAGAGGACAAGAUCUGUCAAAGCAACCUGCAGCUGAGCCAUAGGUUCAGUUCUCGUAUUGAUGAUGCUCUCUUCCACCCCCUUCCCAGAGGUGAUGAUGGCUUGGACAUUUUUUCCAUGACUGAUCAAAAAGUAGUAGCCCUUGAGAUCUUCAUCACCAACUUUCCUUCAGACCCUGAUAAUCCACAGCAGGAUGGAGAUGAUGCUCAUGAAGCCAUGCUGUUGGUCUUUCUGCCACCUACCUUGCCUUACUCCGCUGUGCGCCCCUACAAUGUCUCGGGGAAGACCCCAGCCUGUGUGUCUAACCAGAAUGCCUCUUAUGUUGAAUGUGAGCUUGGGAAUCCCAUGAAACGUGGAGCACAGUUUCGGUUCUACCUUGUUCUCAGCACCUCUGGCAUUACCUUGGAGACUGAAGAGCUGGAAGUGGGGCUGGAGCUUAGCACGACCUCAGAGCAGCCUGGGUUGGCCCCUGUAGUAGCACGUGCCCGUGUGGUCAUGGAGCUCCCCCUCUCUGUUACUGGAAUGGUAGAGCCACAACAGCUCUUCUACAGUGGGGAGGUGCGGGGUGAGAGUGCCAUGACGAACGAGAGUGAGGUGGGCAGUCCUGUGCGCUACCAGGUGAUGGUCACAAACAGGGGCCAGUCACUGAACACCCUUGGCUCGGCCUUCCUCAAUCUCAUGUGGCCCCAUGAAAUUGCAAAUGGAAAGUGGCUCCUCUACCCCUUGAAGUUAGAGCUGGAGGUAUCAACGCAGCCUCAGAAACGCACAACCUGCAGCCCAGAACCCAACUCUCUGCGUCUGGCUCUGGAGCAUACUCAUCAAAGUAGGAAGAAGCGGGAGGCUCAGCAGACAGAGGCACCCAGCAGGCCACUGACUUACUGGGAGAGGCGGAAAAAUGCUACUUUGGAUUGUGCCCAAGGCACUGCUCGCUGCCAGCUCUUCCAGUGCCCCCUCCACAGCUUUGACCGCUCAGCCAUCCUCACUAUUUGGGGUCGUCUCUGGAACAGCACCUUCCUGGAGGAGUACUCUGAUGUAACAUCUGUGGAAGUAAUUGUUCGGGCCAACAUCACAGUGAAAUCCACCAUUCGUAACCUGAUUCUGAAAGAUGCCACAACACAGAUCCCGGUGACGGUCUACUUGGAUCCCGUUGUGGCCUUGGCACGAGGGAUUCCCUGGUGGAUCAUCCUCAUUGCAGUUCUAGCUGGGAUUCUCGUGCUGGGUUUACUGGUUUCCAUCCUGUGGAAGCUCGGCUUCUUCAAACGUGUCCGCUAUGAAGAAGCCAAGGUGCCACAAUACCAUGCAGUCAAGAUUCCUCGCCAGGAACGCCAGCUUUUUCGUGAGGAGAAAACAGGCACAAUCACCAAGAAGGACUGGGUCACUAAUUGGAGUGGAGACAAUGAUGGUUAUGUUCCUGUCUCGGCCUAGAGAUAUUCCCACGUUGACCUCUAACUUACGAUUGGUAGAGAGCUGCUACUUGAAGGACCUUUCUGACUGGAUAACAGUAGCAGUGUUUUUGCCUGCUCUUCUCUCUGAAAGAUCUGCAGAAUUGAGGGGAAUAAAUGCUCAGCAGAGAUUCAAGGGGACAUGUGCUUAAUACUGGGGUGAUGGUGGCCAAAGGCUCUAUGGGUCUUUCCUGGUAUUCUGCUUUUUCUUAUCAAGCUGGGCAGCACACGAUGCAGGAAACUGAGCCAUCACCAGAAGAAACCAUCUUCUUUCCCUGUUUCUGGCUCCUGUCAAAAAAAGAGGAGGAAAAGCCAGCAAGUUCCCCGCUGUUACACAUUGUUAUCUCCUCUACUGCAAAAGGACCUCACAUUUUCUGCAAGAGGCAUAGUUCUUUGGGAAUGAGGAGAACCAGAAUUCCUUGGAUGUGUUGUAAGCAUUCAAAGCCAAAACAAAACUCUGGUAAAGAAGAUAAAAAACUGCUUUCGCCUGAGCAAAAUUAUUUUCUUCAGGCUAGCUUUUUAUAAUUUAUAUUGUUCAAUUAAUAAUAAAGAUGCCUGAAAGAGAGAGUGAGGUUAGAUUCAAGAGGACAUGCUUGAAUCACAGAGGUUCUGCACAUCGCUGUACAGGAGUGACACUAAAAGGGUCUCUAGUUUACUGUCUAAUGGCUUGCCUUCUCUGAAACCAAGCAUGGCUCUGAUUGUUAAGAGUCACUUUUUCGCCCACCAUAAAACAUGCACUGACAAAUACA